CACAUGAGGCGGAGUGUUUAAGUUUUGCCAGAGAAGAGUGGACGCAAUGGAAGUUGCUCUUUUUUCUUUCUUGCUCAGCGCAAGUGACAUUUAAGGGAAGUUGUUUUGAAGAAACUGCAGUGAUUAUGUUGUUGACCUCGCUUAGUUGCUGCGGUCAGUAAACGAAAGAAUAGAUGUAUUGUGAUUGAAGAACACAGGCGUUUCAUAAAGAAUAGAUCGCCUGGAAAUAGCGAGUGCCCCAGUACUACCACACACAGAAUGGAUUCACACUGGGAGGAUCUUGCCUUUCUGGAUUCUAGAAUGAUGUGAGAUCUGAGGGUUCUGGGAACGUUGGUGAUUCUCUGCUCUCUUGGUGUUUUGUCCUCUUUUACCUGCCUCGUUGGAGUGUGAAGACGUGGAUGUCAUAUUAUAGUCGAGUUUGAACCUCACCCACCCUGAGGUCUGAGGACUGAGACCCUCCUCUGUCCUGUUCCGUCCUGGUUCCAGGCAACAUGAUGGAGCCCCUAGUGGACCGGCCCGGGCCCCAGGUUGGAAGGUCCUCUCUGGGGGAGAGAAUGGCCUCCUGCUGCUCCUACAGAAGCCUCCAGACUUGGCUCCCCAUCCUCACCUGGUUACCCAAGUACAGGCUGAGCUGGCUCCAGAUGGACCUGAUAGCAGGUCUCACCGUGGGUCUAACCACCGUACCACAGGCCCUGGCUUAUGCUGAGGUGGCCGGCCUACCUGUACAGUACGGCUUAUACUCAGCCUUCAUGGGUGGGUUCAUCUAUACGUUUCUGGGAACCUCCAAGGAUGUAACCCUGGGUCCUACUGCCAUCAUGUCCCUGCUGUGUGCCUCCUACGUGGGGGGAGACCCGGUCCGAGCCGUCCUCCUCAGCCUGCUCUGUGGAGCCAUACAGACCGCCAUGGCUCUACUACGUUUGGGGUUUCUUCUGGACUUCAUCUCAUUUCCGGUGAUCAAAGGCUUCACCUGUGCUGCCGCGGUAACCAUAGGCUUCGGUCAAGUCAAGAAUGUGCUGGGACUGAAGGACAUACCUCAUGAGUUCUUCCUGCAGGUCUACUACACCUUCUACAGGAUACCUGAGACCAGGAUAGGAGACGUGGUUCUAGGUCUGCUGUGUCUGUGUCUGCUGGUGAUGUUGCAGUGGAUGAAGAGAACCCUGGAACCCCCGUCCGAACAGGACGCCCCCCUCACCAAGGCCGCUCACAGUCUGGUCUGGGGCAUCGCUACCGUGCGUAAUGCGUUGGUCGUAGUGGCGGCGUCCUUCGUGGCGUUCUCAUGGAAUGCGUUUGGCUCACCGGUCUUCACCAUUACCGGGAAAACAUCCCAGGGCCUGCCGCCGUUCAGAGCCCCUCCCCUCUCCGAGACCACGCCCAACGGUACCAGCAUCAGCUUCGGAGAGAUCAUAAAGGAUUUUGGAGGAGGGCUGGCUGUCAUCCCCUUCAUGGGAGUACUGGAGAGCAUUGCCAUCGCCAAAGCCUUCGCCAGUCAGAAUGACUAUAGAAUCAAUGCCAACCAGGAACUGUUUGCUAUUGGUCUAACCAACAUUAUGGGAUCCUUCGUCUCAGCCUAUCCGGUCACAGGAAGCUUCGGAAGGACUGCAGUGAACUCCCAGACAGGGGUGUGUACACCAGCCGGAGGCAUAGUCACUGGUGUGGUAGUGCUGUUGUCCCUGGCCUUCCUGAUGCCAGCAUUCUACUACAUCCCUAAAGCCUCUCUGGCAGCAGUCAUCAUCUGUGCUGUGGCUCCCCUGGUCGACUACCGUGUCGUCAUGCAGUUCUGGAGGAUACGCAAGCUUGAUCUGGUGCCGUUCCUGAUCACCUUCCUGUUGAGUUUCUGGGAGGUGCAGUACGGCAUUGUGGGAGGUGUAGUUGUUUCUGGACUCAUGCUGCUCUACAAUGUAGCCAGGCCCAACAUAAAGGUGUGUGAUCAUGGUGUUUUGGUGAUGGAGUUAGAUAGUGGCCUCAGUUUCCCCUCCACAGAGUACCUCAACACUGUCCUAUACACUCAGGCCCUGCAGGCCUCUCCUCCUCGGUCAGUGGUCCUGGACUGUCAUCAUGUCAAUACUGUAGACUAUACAGUUGUCAAGGAGCUCAGGGACCUGCUGCGGCAGUUCAAACUACGAGGGGUCGGACUCAUCUUCUCUGGUCUGCAGGUACUGACUGACUGGGUGGUCUACAGUAUUCGGUCUUGGAGGUCCUGUUGGCAGCAGACCUGCCGGAUCUUAGACACACCGCCAGUGUGGAGGCGGCACUAACCAUCCUAUCGGGUAGCACUUAGUGACUGACACUACAACCAACCAAUCACAGACGAGAACAGUGAUAUAUAUAUAUAUUUUUUUUUUUAUGCUGUCCUGAACCAAUCCCUGCUGAGUGCACCGAUUACACUCGACUCAACGGACCCUGACACUGAAAUCAGAAUGAUUGGUAUGGAUCUGGACCAAUCAGGGUACAGCGAUGGCCAAGAAUGUCCCUCCCCCUUACUAAUUUAUUGGCUGUCAAGCAGUUGACAGGUUGUCAAUCCCCCUUUUUUAACCAAGCAUGAGAACCGAUCUCUUAUGCUUUUCCACUUUGAAGAUGUUGCUGUGUGAUCGGUUUCAUCUUGUAGCUUUUAUAAUGACUUUUAUGUUGUUGAAGUUAUCUGUAGACACGGAUCAAGUCUAGAGUAGGUUUGUGGUUUCUAUCACUAAUGGACAUUUGAAUGUCUCUGUGUGCAGUUUGAAGGUAGUUUCUGGCCCAUUGCUAACUAGCGUUAGCAUAAUGACCGGAAGUUUACAGGAACAGCUAGCACACACUACCUUUAUCCCGGGUCUGUUUUAACAGGUUUGCUCUGUGUGUUAACCCCUUCAGAGCCAACAUACACAGAGGAACUGGAGGACGGGAAAUCACUUCUCAGGAAGUGAUGUAAGGAAAGAAGCCCCACCCUCUCAGCACUUAACUUCCUGUUUGUGUUCCAAAUCAAAAUUCCAAAUCCCUACCCGUGUGUCCCAGUCCUGGUCCCGCGGACCCUAAGGGGGGCACAUUUUUGUUUUUUGCCCUCGCACUCACAAACCUGAUUCAACCAAAUGCUUGAUGAUAAGUUGAUUAGUUGAAUUAAGCUAAAAACAAAACGUGCACCGCCUUGGGUCCCCGGACCAGGAUUGGGAAGCCCUCACCGGAGUCAGUGUGUGUGGAUAGGUGGAAGCAAUAUGGAGGAAAUAGCACUUAGCCUGUCCAGAGAUAGAACUGUGUAUCUAAUACCUAUGGAAUGUUUUGAUUUGAUUUACAUGGGUGUUAGGGUCACGUCUGGUAUAGGACGUGUCAGAUAUCCUUAGACUGGGGAGAUACUUACACUAUUGCAACUUUGUUUUUAAAUGUUCUUCUUGUACGCAUUAAUACAUAUAAUAUAUUAUUGUAUACAUUUGCUUGAUCAAUUAGACUUAAAUUACAAUUAUUGAUCCCUUUCAAAUUGAUCAAUUGUGCUUUAUUGGUUGCCUCUAUUGGAUGAGAAGUUGACUGUCUCCUACUCUCUGUGUGUGUGUGUGUGUGUGUGUGUGUGUGUGUGUGUGUGAGAGUAUUUACCUGUACGAUCAUGACCAUAAGAAGAAUAUCACAUUCCAAAUGGUUUGUGCCUUGCAUGUUCUGCACUUAAUACAAUUAUUUUUUUUAUUUUUUUAACACUUUGAAACUUUUUAAUUCUUACUUAGAAAUGUAUUUGAGAAGACUGACAAUUUGUAUACAUCUCCAAACUUAGUUUUAUGUUGUGAAUUAACCAGUGGUGUAAAGUGCUUAAGUAAAGAUACCCCAAAACGACUUCAGUAGUACUUUAAAGUAUCUGUGCUUUGCUAUUUAUAUUUUUGACUACUACUACAAACAUAAAUUGUGCUGUUUGGAUUGCCUAA